CGACAAGGUCUUUGUCUAAAAUAUCGCACAUCUCUAAAAUAGUAUGCAAAUUAAUAAAUAAAUGAAUAUUUAAUUAACAAAAACAAAAAAAAAAAUCAAAAAAGAGAAGAUGCAGUGACAAAACCUUAAAAUUUUGCAACGUUAACAAAUCUGAAGUUUACACAAAUAAGCAAAUUUGAUGAUGCAAAUCAAAAGACUUGUCUGCAAAUCCUGCACAGCGAGUUCCUUUCUCAUAGCUGCAGUAUGGACAUUGGCGCUAUUGGUUUACAUGAACAUGCUAAGGAGCUCCAUCUAUCAGGCAGGUUGGCGAAUCUCAAGCGAUGCGAAUGCCACACCCAAGGCGGAAUUGAGCUAUCAGGCUCGGGUGACCAGUGGAUGUACGAAUACCGCCGCUGCUAAUGCCUCUAAAGAAUCGGUCUCUGGAUCAACGAAUCCUGUCGAGCAGUUACAGUUGUUGGGCGUGGUACGCAACAAGCAGGACAAGUAUAUACGAGAUAUAGGCUAUAAGCAUCAUGCCUUCAAUGCUUUGGUCUCGAAUAAUAUUGGUUUAUAUCGUGAUAUACCAGAUACCAGGCAUAAAGUAUGCAAUCGCAGCGAAACUCUCGAGUCGGAGCAACUGCCUCAGGCAUCAAUUGUCAUGUGCUUUUACAAUGAGCACAAAAUGACACUGAUGCGUUCCAUUAAGACGGUGCUGGAACGGACACCGCAAUAUUUGCUUAAAGAGAUCAUUCUGGUGGACGACAAUAGCGAUCUGCCAGAGUUGGAAUUCCAUUUACUGGCCGAUUUGCAUAAUCGCCUUAAGUAUGACAAUUUACGCUACAUACGAAACGAGAAGCGGGAGGGACUAAUUAGAUCUCGUGUGAUUGGAGCCCGCGAAGCUUUGGGAGAUGUUUUAGUAUUCCUCGACUCGCACAUCGAAGUGAAUCGCCAGUGGGUGGAGCCAUUGCUUAGACUGAUCAAAGCAGAGAAUAGUACGCUGGCUGUGCCAGUGAUUGAUCUCAUCAAUGCAGAUACCUUUGGGUAUACGCCAAGUCCAUUGGUGCGCGGCGGUUUCAAUUGGGGCCUUCAUUUCCGUUGGGAAAAUCUGCCAGAAGGUACUCUCAAGCAGCCGGAGGACUUUCGUGGACCCUUUCGUUCGCCCACCAUGGCUGGUGGACUCUUUGCCGUCAAUCGUCUGUAUUUUCAGCACAUUGGGGAAUAUGAUAUGGCCAUGGAUAUAUGGGGUGGAGAGAAUAUUGAGAUAUCGUUUCGUGCGUGGCAAUGCGGGGGCUCCAUUAAAAUUGUUCCCUGCUCCAGAGUGGGUCACAUAUUUCGCAAACGUCGGCCGUACACCUCACCAGAUGGUGCCAAUACCAUGUUGAAGAACUCGCUACGUCUGGCUUAUGUGUGGAUGGAUCGAUUCAAAGACUAUUACAUAAAACAUGAGAAAGUAUCCAAGGACUUUGAUUACGGUGACAUCUCAGAGCGUGUGAAACUUCGCGAAAAACUUCAGUGUCAUGACUUUGAUUGGUAUUUAAAGAACAUUUAUCCAGAGCUUCCGAUACCCGGCGAAGAGCCCAAGAAAACCGCUGCUGCUGCUCCCAUCUAUCAGCCUUGGCAUUCCAGGAAACGCAAUUAUAUUGAUUCUUAUCAACUUCGCUUAUCCGGCACAGAACUCUGUGCCUCAGUGGUCGCUCCCAAAGUCAAGGGUUUCUGGAAAAAGGGCAGCGGUCUUCAAUUGCAACCAUGUCACAAUUCACCUAACCAAAUCUGGUAUGAGACAGAGAAAUCGGAAAUUAUUCUCGAUAAGCUGCUCUGUCUGGAGGCAUCUGGCGAUGCCCAGGUGGUCAUUAAUAAAUGCCAUGAAAUGCUCGGAGAUCAGCAAUGGCGUCAUACCAGAAAUUCCAAUAGCCCCGUCUACAAUAUGGCCAAAGGCACAUGCCUUAGGGCCGCUGCUCCAGCUACAGGUGCUCUUCUCAGCCUCGAUUUGUGCACAAAGGCAACAGAUUCGGGUACUGCCUGGGAUAUUGUUCAGCUCAAAAAGGCUGCCAAAUCAUUGUAGGCUGCUCUCUAUUCCCGGUAUCGUUUGAAUAUCGAAGUGCUAUGCAAUAUAUUAGACUGAUAACUAUUUAAGUGUAAAGUGUUUUAAGUUUGGCAAUAGUAUUAGUAUUUUUGCAUGAAAUUUUUUACAAUUUAUAUAGACGAACAAAAUGUAUAAUACCAACAAAUCGAACAAAAAGCCUGUAUAAAAAUUAAAGCAAUAUGCUGUAUUAUUUUAGUUUGAUUUGAAAGUUAUAUUAUUGUUGUACACGAUUAAGUUUCGAUUGUCAUUGUAGAGAUCUAUAUGACUUAAAAAAUUAUGUCUUAUAUAUCAGGGAUUUCCGAAUAAUAAGAUCCAUAACAACAAA